CUAGAUUAUUCUUGGUCGAACCCUAAACCCAUAGUUGUUUACCGCUACUUUCUUUGUUUCGAUCAUUCCGAAUUAGCUGUUUCCCUUCACUCUUAGUUUGAAUCAUCUCUUUGCGUUUCUUUAGGUCAAGAAUUGGGAAAAGAAUAGGCAAUUGAGAGUUUCAGUGAGACCUGAGCCUAUGAAGUGUAGCUUAGGGUUUUAACAGUCAGAACCCCUUUUCAGUUUAGGAUCAUAAGUGGGUGUCAUUGGAUUAACUACUAUUCUAUUUAGGUUGAAACAUGAGAAGAUACAGUCCACCAUACCAUAGUCCACCAAGAAGAGGGUAUGGUGGUCGUGGAAGAAGCCCCCCGGGUAGGGGUUAUGGUGGUGGCGGUGGCGGUGGCGGUGGGUAUGGAAGGCGAAGGGAACAGCCUCAUGGUAGCCUUUUGGUUAGAAAUAUUCCUAUGGAUUGCAGGCCGGAGGAGCUUAGAGCGCCGUUUGAGAGGUUUGGACUUGUUCGUGAUGUGUAUAUUCCAAAGGACUAUUACACAGGUGAGCCUCGAGGAUUUGCAUUUGUGGAGUUUGUUGAUCCUUACGAGGCUUCUGAAGCUCAGUACCAUAUGAAUGGGAAAAAAUUUGCUGGUAGGGAGAUUACUGUGGUCCUUGCUGCAGAGUCGAGGAAGAGGCCAGAACAGAUGCGCCAAAGAAGUAGAAGGGGACCAUCUGGCUACGGUGGACGCCGUUCUCAUUAUGGACGUUCAAGAUCUCGUUCAGUAUCCAGAUCACGCUCCCCUCGCCAUCCUUCGGGUUCAAGAAGUAGAUACCGAUCAAGGUCUUACUCUCCAGCUCCGAGGUGGCGAGGCGACUAUUCUGUUUCCCCUGGUAGAAGGCACGCAGAGUACCCUGAAUCACCUAGAGGUGCUCCUCGUGAGCGAGAUGUUGAGAGGAGCCGACAAGUAUAUUCUCCUGGUUAUGAUAAUGCUGAUGAGCACGAUCAGAAUGGAAAUGGAUAUCAUGACAAGUCUGGAUUUGAAGGGGAGGAUGCACGAGGUAAUUGGAGGUCGUCUCCUGGUAGAACAUCAAGAUCCCCAUCGGGGUCCCGAUCCCGCUCUGCUGAUGCGUCCCCCAGACACGGUAGAUGAUUUUUCUUUGAGAAAAUAUGACAGUAGAUGAUGUAAACCAUCUUUUCUAAUAUAAAACAUUUGUUAUUAUCCACUAUCCAGGAGAAGUUUUUAGAUUGUAUUUUGUAAGAUGUUCUUGGGCGUGUUGGGAUUUUCUAGACCGGGGAAUCUUAUUUGCUCUCAUUUGAAGUUUAAAAAAUAUUAUGCUACUUUUCUGGAUACCAA